AUGAUGCCAAAGAAGCUAUUUGCUAGUGUAGAAGUUAUAAUGUUAGCUACAGUCAGAAUCAGUAUCAGACUCAUCAUCAUGAAGACCACAGUGUUUGUCUUUUUAGUAAUCUUCAAAUGUCAUGCAAAUGCGAGACUCCUGCUAUUCUUGGAGAGUUAUGAUGUGACAGACCUCCAGCGGACCCUUAGUAACCUUGAGCCUUCAUGUAGUUAUCAUGUUCAUGAUCCACCACGACCCGGAGUAAAAGACUCCGGCGCCGGCUGAUGACAUUUAGCUAAGACAUUUAGUAAUGUCCUACUGAACUUCUACUCAAGGAAGGAAUUAGUAGCUAUCUAAGCACCUACAAUCUAACUCUAAGCACUCUCAUCGUUCUUCUCAAUAAUGUCCUACUGUCACGGGAAAUCAGCAUGGUUCGUUACAUAUUGUCUGUGCGUGUUGCUAUUCAUCAGUAGUCUGUGCCUGUUGCACAACAUCAGGACGGUCAUCAGUCUAGGAAGAUGGACCGCCCUGGGGUUGUGCAAGAACGCAUUGCGAACGACGCCCCUACGGCAGUCUGCGCUGAACUUUGUGCGAGAGAUGCUUCGCAUGCCGUUGCUGUCAUCAUGAUGAGAACGGAUUUGAAGUGCUAUGCGGCAUCUGAGGAUGCAGGUUGUGCUUACG